AUGGCGCCCGCCCUCCUCGACCCGGCACCCGUCGCCGCUCCGGCGCCCGCCGCCCACCUCAAGCAGGACCUGUCGAACCUCGCGAAGAGCCCGCUCCAGCGCACCUACAUCGGCAACAAGGAGGGCACGAUCCACAUGGAGGGCGUCCCGCAAUUCGACGACCCGUACAAGAAGCGCGAGUGGGUCAAGGAGCAGUUGGCCAUCGGCUUCCAGUACUGGGGCAAGGAGGGGUACGCCGAGGGCCUGUCGGGCCACAUCACCGUGCGCGACCCCGUCAUGCCGGACCACUACUGGAUGAACCCGGUCGGCGUGCACUUCUCGGCCAUCACGACCCGGAACCUCGUCCUCGUCUCGCCCGACGGCUUCGUCCACCCGGACGGCGCCCAGCUUCCGAUCAACUCUGCUGGCAUCAUGAUCCACAGCGCGAUCCACGAGGCGAGGCCAGAUGUGCAGGUCGCGGCGCACUGCCACUCUCUGCACGGCAAAGCAUGGAGCGUGUUCGGCAAGCCUAUCGACAUCAUGACGCAGGACGCGUGCCUGUUCCACGACAAUCUCGCCGUGUACGAGUCGUUCGGCGGGAUCGUCCUCGCGCCCGAGGAGGGGGCCAACAUUGCCGCCGCGCUCGGCCCGAAGAAGAACGCCGCCAUCCUGCAGAACCACGGCCUGCUCACGCUCGGCCACGAGUCGGUCGCCGAGGCCGUGUACCUGUUCCAGAGCCUCGAGCGCCUGUGCAAGGUGCAGCUCCUUGUCGAGGCGGCGGCCGCCAACGGGCUCAAGAAGAAGGUCAUCGACGACGAGGACGCAGCUUUCACUGCGGCGACGCUCCAGAACCCGCACACCAUCUACGCCAACUUCCGGCCCGAGAUGGACCUGCUCAAGUUCGAGCGCGGCCACCUCUUCCUCUGA